UCAUUUGGAAAUGAUUUAAUAUUGAAGCUCCAAUAGUGUUGGUUAUAAAUCCAUCUCGACAUUUCUCAAAAUGGUACGAGGACUCACUGAAGUAGGAGCUGGGCGUUUUCUCAGAAGGUUUCAUUACAGGUCAAACCACACCGCAUCCCCGCGCCCGCCGUACCCGCCGGGCAGGGCUCGGCACACAGGGGCGAGCCGCACAGACGACAGCCGGAGCGGACCGAGGAGACACUCUGCGCCUGCGCCCGGCCCACCUGCCCGCCGGCCAGCCCGGGGCUGCGUCCCCCAUCCCCGGCGCGCUGCGGGCCGCGGGCGCGCGUGGACACCGACCUCGCCGGGCGCGACCCGGGCGCAGGGCGCGCGUGGACACCGACCUCGCCGGGCGCGACCCGGGCGCAGGGCGCGCGUGGACACUGACCCCGCCGGGCGCGCCCCGGGCGCAGAGGCGGCGAUGGGGCUGGUGUUCCGGGCGGCCGCGGCCGCGCAGGGCCUUGGGGAGGACCUGAGGGGCGCGGCGGUCCGGCACUGGAGGGGCCUGUCCCGGACCCCAAAGCACGAGGCGCCCUGGGAGGAGGAGGCGGAGGCGGCCGGACCCGAGUUCCUACUGCCAAAUGAGAGAAGCUUCCAGAAUGCUGCUAAAAGCAAUAACUUGGAUCUUAUGGAGAAGCUGUUUGACAAGAAGGUUAACAUUAAUGCAGUGAACAAUAUGAACAGCACAGCCCUGCAUUUUGCAGUGGGGGCAAAUCAUUUAUCUGCAGUGGAUUUCUUGCUUAAUCACAAGGCCAGGGUGGAUGUUGCUGAUAAGCACGGCUUGACAGUAAUUCAUCUUGCAGCCUGGUCUGGAGGCCUUGAGAUCAUGCUCUUGCUGGUUAGAGCUGGAGCAGACCAGAGAGCCAAGAAUCAGGAUGGAAUGAAUGCCCUCCACUUUGCAGCUCAGAGCAAUAAUGUGCGCAUCGUGGAGUACCUCAUUCAAGAUCUUCACCUGAAGGAGCUGGACCAGCCCGAUGAGAAAGGAAGAAAACCAUUUCUCUUGGCGGCUGAGAGAGGCCACGUUGAAAUGAUAGAGAAACUUGUCUUCCUGAAUCUGCGUACUUCAGAAAAGGACAAGGAGGGGAACACUGCCCUGCACCUCGCAGCAAAGCAUGGUCACAGCCCUGCGGUCCGGGUGCUGCUAACCCAGUGGCAGGAAAUAAAUGAGACCAAUGAGAAGGGAGAAACACCAUUCUUCCUGGCUGUUGAAGGAGGUCAUGAAGAAUGCUGCAAAGUGCUGGCGGCAGCAGGAAGUGACAUCAACAUUCCAAAUCAACUCAACAUCACUGCCUUGCAGACAGCAACGCGGAAGGGCCACGCCUCCCUUGUCAGCUUUCUUCUCAGUGAGCAUGUUGAUCUGCACCCUAAGGUGGAACCUAAGGAGUCCCCUCUUCACUUGGCGGUUCUCAACAACCACGUCACAGUGGUGAACAGCUUACUAAGCGCGAGGCAUGACACGGACGCCUUAGAUCAGAGGCGGCAGACUCCUUUGCACGUGGCGGCUGACCUUGGGCAUGUGGAGCUGGUGGAAGCCCUGCUGCAGGCCAGCUGCGACCUGAAGGCCAUUGAUAAGCAAGGGAAGACGGCCCUGGCCGUGGCCUCCAGGAGCAACCACAGCCUUGUCGUGGACAUGCUCAUUAAAGCGGAGAGAUAUUACGCCUGGAGAGAGGAGCAUGGCGAGAGCAGCCGGGACCCAUCCGUCAGCUUUCCUCUGACCUUCAAGCAAGAUCACAGUGUGGAGACCAGGCACAUUCGCAGGCUCCUCUGGAACCUGGCUUACCGUCAGCUGAAGGCCGGCGAGUGGCAGAGGCUGGCCCGUUCGUGGAACUUUACGGAUGAGCAGAUCAGAGCCAUCGAGGAGCAGUGGUCAGGAAAGGAAAGCUUCCGUGAACACGGCUACCGGGCUCUGCUCAUCUGGCUGCACGGGGCCCUGCUGACCCAGGCCGCGCCGGUCAAGCACCUGUACGAAGAGCUGGUACGAGCGGGCUUCCCAGAGCUGGCUGAAAAGAUCCGUCAAUUCAAAAGCGAAGCUGACUCGAGGCCCAAGAAAUGUGCAGUUUCAUAAAUGUCCGAAGAAACCGUAUUUAAAUGAUUUUCCACUCAGCAUUCAGUCCUUUUAAAUUCCAUGCCAUAAGUUCUUCUAGCAGUGGGACUGACUUUCCUCUCAACUCUGAAGACAGUGGUGACAUGAUCCUCGAACAGAUGAAAAAACCAUACUCUACUUUCCGACCACUGACAUGAAAAGUCAGAACUGUUUCGGUUUUUGCUUAAGGCAAAUUGUAUAUGAUUUUCCCAUUUCUGUCAUUUGAUGGAACCUAUGUGGUGGCAUAAUCUCGGAUUUAGUGUAUCAUGUUUUCAAAUAAUCUGAUGGUGAGAGCAGCAGCAUGGUCUACGGAGAAAGCUGGGGUUUUAGAAUAGACAGGCCUGGUCUUGAAUCAUGGUUUUGCCCUAUUAGCUGUGAGCCUUUGGGUGGGCUAAUAUUCACAUUCCCAGAUCUUCAGUUUCUUUCUCUAUACAUUGGGAGAAACGUCUCUCUCUUCCACAGCGUUGAGGUGGGAAUGAAGGGAGCGUGCCCCUGAAAUGCCUAACUUCAUGCGCACAGUAUUGAAAUCGUUAACUGGUAGUUAUUUCUUUUGUAACAGAAACUGGCUUUGGAAAUUUAUAGUCGCUGUUGGCUUUAAAUACCACAUGUGUAAUGUGUUACUUAGAAAAGACCGGAAGUGUAUCCACCAAUGUUUCUUGUCUCUUGGUGACAUAAUUACAGGCGAUUUUUAUUUUUGGUACUUUUAUUUUUUCCUUAGUGGUACUUUCCAAUUUUUUCCCACAAUGAACAUGCAUUAUGUUUGUAAUCUGAAAAAGUUAUAACAUAUGAAAUCAAGUAUCAGUGUAUAGCAGUUUAUGUGUAUCUAUUCAUUAUGAUUUAAGGCUCUCCAUUCUCAAAUUCUGACUAAGUCUCUAAGGCCAGAAAUAAAAUCAUGAACAAUUUCAGUCCAGUUAUUCUAUCAUGAAUUUAUGUCUACAUCUUUGUCUCAUGCUGAUUGUAAAUGGCCCACUAAAUGUUUUGAAGGUUUGAGACAGGAAAUAUGUUCAGAUGAUUCCAUAAGUCUUUAGAAAGGUAUUCAGUGGAAAGUCUUGUCCCCGUUUUUCUUCAGUUUGGCCAGUUUCCACUGACCUUGCUGUUCCUCCCCCCUCAAGUCUAGGUAACCUCUUUAUGCAAAAAUAAACAAACGUGAAUACAUA